GUUUAUUUAAAAUAAGUAAAAAUUUUUUCGUGCUCUUUUCGUGAAACUCUCUGAAUACUUGCAACUGGCAACGCCAUGCAAUUUGCGUGAAUUUCAUAACUUUGGAAAAAUACACAUUUUAGCUUAAGUUUGAUUGUAAAUAGAUUUCGUGAUUAGUAUUAAAAAGAACCACUCGAAGCUUGUUUUAUAUUUUUAGUAAUUUAUAUUCAUUAAGUUAAACUAAUUUUAAUAAUGUCGGCUUGGAAUAUUGACAAUACACCAGUUCUUAAGACGAACUUAGCAGAUAUUAUGUCAGAACAAUAUGCUUAUCAAAUUCAUAACAAAGAGCUGGAACGAUUAAAGCAAAAAGACAAAAACGCCACUGUUGGAGUUGCAGUUAAUCCUGCUGCAUUGCUUCCCAAAGAGAAAGAAAAAAAUCUAAAUUCCGAGGAUUUAUCAGAAUUCGAGAUAUGCGACAAUAAAUGUGAUUCGGACGAGCUAAUCGCACAGAUGCUUCAAAUGCAGUUUGAUUCUGAGUACAAUCAGGAGUUACGUCGUAUUGAACAGGCCAAAAACAAGCAAUCAAAAGUUACUAUAAGCCUUGAGAAGUUUCGCCGCAAUAGCGAAGACGAUUACGAAUCGAAUAACAUAAGUACAGAACUAGAUGAAGAAGAUGGUUCGAAAGAAGGUGACUGGGAUCGUUUUGAGAAAAAUAAAAAAAUGUUGGACACAAUUCCAAGGAGUGGUUUUAUGAUCAAUGGUGAAGGUGAAAUGAUAACAAAGCAUGAUGAAGAAUUAUGUGGUGUGCGUAAUGCUUGUCGUGUUAUGUCUUUCCCUCCAGAAUUUGCCACUGGCGAUGGUGCAGGCUUUGAUAUGAAACUUUCAAACAGCGUUUUCAAUCAGCUCAGAACAUAUUCACGUCGAAGUGCUACAAAUAGCGGUAGCACAAAGAAAAAUAAAAUGCACGAUCGAAAGGAUCAUGUGUCUACAGCAGAAAUUGGUGUAGAUGGUCCAACACGAUUAUUGCUCUAUAAGUUAAUAAACAAUGAAGUGCUGGAACAAAUAAAUGGUGUAAUAAGCACUGGUAAGGAAGCUGUUAUACUGCACGCGAAAUCUUGUACUGAUACUGAGAAAACAAAUGCAAAUAACUUGUUUAGAGAUAAUACGCAAGUACCAUUAUGUUCUUCAGUUCAAGAAUGUGCAAUUAAAGUGUUUAAGACAGUACUCUGCGAAUUCAAGCAACGCGACCGCUAUAUUAAAGAUGAUUUUCGUUUUAAGGAUCGAUUCAGUAAACCAAACCGUGAUCGUAUUAUAAUAAAUAUGUGGGCUGAAAAGGAGAUGCUUAAUUUGAUACGUAUGCAGAAUGUUGGCAUACGAUGUCCGCAAGCAAUUCUACUUAAAAAACAUGUGCUGGUAAUGUCUUUUAUUGGCCAAAAUAAUAAUGCAGCACCUAAACUUAAAAACGCCAUAUUAAGUAGCAAAGAAUUAGAAAGUUCUUACAAUGAAAUUGUGGAAACAAUGCAUAAACUUUAUAAUGAAGCUAAAUUAGUGCAUGCGGAUCUUAGUGAGUAUAAUAUAUUGUGGCACGAUUCCCAUUGUUGGUUUAUAGAUGUUGCGCAAUCUGUGGAAAUAAAGCAUCCAGCAGCGUUGGAGUUUUUAAUGCGAGACUGUGACAAUGUUAUAAAUUUCUUUAGUAAGAAAGGUCUGCCUGACAUUUACACUAAGGAACAACUUUUUGAAUAUAUAACAUCUACCAAUGCUGAAGAUUAUAACGCAACAGAGUUUCAACGUAUUGAUAAGCGUACUUCUAGUGAAUUUUGCAGCAAGCAUCAACAAUAUGAUUAUCCAUUUGAAUCUGCUUGGGAAAAAUCACAACUAGAACAUAAAAAAACUAAUAGCGCAGAUGAAAUUUCAAGUGAACAGGAUAUGCAUGACGAAGCAUGCGGUGAAGGAAACGAAAAUUCAAUUUGAAAUGCUGUUCCUAUCUAAAAAAAACUGCCGAAAAAUCUAUACUGAAAAAUUCACUACUUAUUUUGACAUUAAGCAUUUCUCUUUCGUAUAUAUUUAAAUCAUAUACAAACUUAAGUAAACAGUUCAUUAUGUGCCUCCUCAGUCUUCGAUUAGGCAAAUUAGCACAAUGAAAUAAUGUGUAAGUAUAUUGUUUUCAAAGAAAAUGUAAACGAAAUUUUGGUACUUAAUUUCAAUAAAAAAA